AUGGUUGUGGUGAUGGUCAUUUUCAUCGUCAUUAUCAUCAUCGUUAUCUUGAUAAUAGUCGUGCUGAUGAUUAUAUUUAUUAUUGUUUUUUUCCACAAUUGGUGAAUAUGGAACAAGCAUAUCGUUCGUCCAAUCAUACUAAUUUACAAAUAGCUUUUGAUACAGCUCAACCACACUAUGGUAUUGCCAAAUUGAUUGAUUCCGAAGAUGUUGAUAAUGACAAUCCCGAUGAAAAAAGUCAAUUAAUAACAAAUUUAACAGAUAUACAAAAACGAAUUGAUAAUGCGUUGAAUAGUUGUCGAUCAUUAUGUACAAUUACACAACCAAAUAAUCCACAUCCUGAUGUUAUUCAAUUGAUAGACAGGCUUGAAUUUCUCAAUCGGCGCGUAAACGACUUGAAUAUUCAUCUAGGUCAUUUAAAUUCUGAUAAUAUUCGACAUACUACAAAACAACAACGUCUCAGUGGUCCUUCACCGUCUCAUAAAUUAUCUUCUCCAACAACAGCAGCAACAACGAGAAUUGUAGAUUCACCUAUCGUUGUUCAAAACAAAAAUAAUGUUGAUCUUGUCGAAUAUCUAAAUAGCUGUCUGAAUUUGGUUAAACAAAAACAGAAUACAACAGAUCGAUUUGAUUUGGGAUCUGAUUUACCAAGUACAAUAACAGAUAUUGAACAGUGUGGAAAACUCUCAAAUGUGUCUGGCAUCGUUUUAUGUCUUAUUCAAAUGAUUUAUUAA